UAAAAACGCUCUCAUUGAGUUUGUCCCAUCAAGCAAUAAAGAGAGAUAUGGUGUGUAUCUAGGAGAAGAUCAGAUAGAUAACGGCAGCAGAUCACCAGAUGGAUAACGGCAGCAAUCCACCAACCAUGCAUUUUCCAAUGAGCAUUAAUCAAAUUGAAUUGCUCAAUGGAUUAAAUUUCAAGAAGUGGAAGGGAGACAUAGAACUCAACCUAGGUAUACUAGACUUUGACCAUGUGUUGAGAGAGGAUCCACCAGCAGGACUGACUGCUAAUGCAUCUAAGGAGGCCAAAGACAGGUAUUCACAGUGGCAUAGGUACAACAAGAUGGCACUGAUCUGUAUGAAAAAGAGCAUGACUGAUGCUGUGAAGGGAGGCAUUCCAGAUUCUGAAUUUGCAAAAGUUUAUUUCAAUUCCAUUGCUAAGAAGUACAAAGUUUCUGACAAAGCUGAAAUUAGCACCCUGAUGAAUGCACUAACGGGAAUGAAGUUCACUGGACAUGGAAGUAUAAGGGAGUAUAUAAUGAAAGGGAUAGUUAUUGCUGGAAAAUUGAAAGGCCUGAACAUGAAUAUUGAUGAUCCUUUUCUGGUGCACAUGUUGCUGAACUCUUUCCCAGAUCAAUACAGUCACUUGAAAAGCCUUUACAACACACAUAAAGAAAAAUGGAGCCUACAUGAAUUGAUUUCCAUUUGUGUGCAGGAGGAAGAUGAAAUGAUCAAGAGGGGAAAAACAGUCAACGUCAAUUAUGUUGCAAAGCCAAAAGUUAAGAAAAAUUUUGGCAACAAGAACUUUAAGGCCAAAUAA